GCUUCGGUCUCACCGCCUCGUCAUUUUCCGGCUGUUGUUGUUAGCCACCUGGCUAGCUUCUCUUAGCAUUGUAAGUAUAAGUAGCGAGGGAAUAAAUAGCGGUUUAAUAUUGAUAGUUUAGUUGUAUUCCAUUCCCGUCAACAUGGACGAGGAAUAUUAUAGCGGUGCCGGCGACUGGGAAGGCACGGACGGUAACGCGGAAGACACUUAUGUUGACGGGGAAAAUUAUGGGAAAAUCCAAGAGGAUUGUCUACAGAAAUUCUCUAGCAGGGAUUACAUCAUGGAGCCUGCAAUCUUCAACACCCUCAAAAUGUUUGCUGCAUCUUUCUUUGUUUUCUUCCAUUGUUCCUGUCUUGUUAUAUUCAAUAUGUUGCAGCGUUGGGGUUUUCUUUCACAUGUAGAGAAAAGGCUGAACUCCCAUCAUUCACAUUCCAGGUAUUUCCAGGCAGGUGGUUCUCCAGAACACGUCAUCCAGCUUCUGUCUGAAAACUACUCCGCUGUGGCUCAGACUGUUAACCUGCUGGCUGAGUGGCUAAUCCAGAUGGGUGUAGAGCCUGCACAGGUCCAAGAACGAGUUGAAAAUCACCUCAAGAGUCUGUUGAUAAAACACUUUGACCCCCAGAAAGCAGAUUCUAUUUUCACCGUGGAGGGAGAGACUCCUGCGUGGUUAGAGCAGAUGAUUGCACACACGACAUGGCGAGACCUUUUCUACAAGCUGGCCGAGGCUCAUCCCGACUGCCUGAUGCUCAACUUCACAGUGAAGCUGAUUUCAGAUGCAGGCUACCAGGGAGAGAUCACCAGUGUGUCCACAGCGUGUCAGCAGCUCGAGGUUUUCUCUCGGGUGUUGAGGACAUCUUUGGCCACGCUGCUGGAUGGAGGGGAGGAGAACUUGGAGAAGAACCUGCCAGAAUUUGCUAAGAUGGUGUGUCAUGGUGAGCACACCUACCUCUUUGCUCAGGCUAUGAUGUCCAUCCUCGCCCAGGAGGAACAAGGGGGCUCUGCUGUGCGCCGGAUUGGUCAGGAGGUGCAGAAGUCUGCCCACAAGAGGGGCCAUGAUGCCAGUCAGAUAACCCUGGCACUCGGUACAGCAGCAGCGUACCCUCGUGCCUGCCAGGCUCUAGGCGCCAUGUUGUCCAAAGGAGCCCUGAAUCCUGCUGAUAUCACGGUGCUGUUUAAGAUGUUCAGCAGCAUGGACCCGCCUCCUGUGGAGCUGAUCAGAGUGCCUGCCUUUCUGGACCUCUUCAUGCAGUCACUGUUUAAGCCAGGCUCAAAGAUCAACCAAGACCACAAGCACAAAUACAUUCACAUCCUGGCCUACGCUGCCAGUGUGGUUGAGACCUGGAAAAAGAACAAGCGAGUCAACAUCAACAAAGAUGAGCUGAAGUCCACCUCCAAGGCCAUAGAGACGGUGCACAACCUUUGCUGCAAUGACAACAAAGGUGCCACAGAGCUGGUGGCUGAGCUGGGCACUCUGUACCAGUGCAUACGGUUCCCAGUUGUUGCCAUGGGGGUUUUGAAGUGGGUGGACUGGACCGUGUCGGAGCCACGGUACUUUCAGCUGCAGACUGAUCACACCCCGGUCCAUUUAGCUCUUCUGGAUGAGAUUUGCACGUGUCACCAGCUGCUGCAUCCUCAGGUGCUCCAACUGCUCAUCAAGCUGUUUGAGACGGAACACUCACAGUUGGACGUCAUGGAGCAGCUGGAGCUCAAGAAGACCCUCCUUGACCGAAUGGUUCACCUGCUGAGUCGUGGUUACGUGUUGCCUGUGGUUGGUUACAUUCGGAAGUGUCUGGAGAAGCUCAACACGGAUAUCUCUCUCAUUCGUUAUUUUGUCACUGAGGUCCUUGACGUGAUCGCACCUCCAUACACAUCAGACUUUGUUCAGCUCUUCCUGCCCAUCCUGGAGAACGACAGCAUUGCAGGAACAAUCCGCACAGAAGGAGAACAUGACGCCGUGGCUGAGUUUAUAUCUCAUUGCAAGUCAAAUUUCAUCAUGAUUAACUGAUUGUGCUGGAUGUGGCACCAUGAAGAACUGAUGUUGAAGCAUGUUGCUUGGGCUGGACGGACCAGUUUGAUGAUGCAAUUGCGGGAUUUUAGGAGUGUUGACUCCUAGCUUUAUUGAUCUGGGAGGACAGUGGAGCCACUGGAGAGGCUGCGCAACUUUUCCAUUUUCUGUUUCUCUAUCAGCAGAGUGAGUGAUACAGAAGAAGAAAAACCCCACAUGGAAUCACGUUGACGACUUUAUUGACACAUUGUUGUCCUAAUGUGUACAUUGCGUGAAAAGAGCAAACAGAUCAUCUUUUAGUGUAAGGCACAAAUGAAUCAGCUGUGUAGCAGUCAGAGCAUUUGAAACAGACAACAGCAUGCCUUUCUUAGUUUGUUGUUUAUUUCUGUUUUGUAAACUAGCAUUUUGUUGUGAUGGAAGUUGGUUUAUAUUUUUAAUUCCGUGUGUGUGAUCAGGUGUCGUACCUCCUGAAGAUUUAACACUUCAGACUGUUAAUAGCCGACACAUCUCUGAGACAGAACAAACCAUUUGAUUCAGGCAGGUAAUUGCAUCCACAUUGACACUGGCAUUUAAAAGAAACUCCAAUACUUUAACAUAAAAUGACAUGUAUUCCCUUCUCAAUGAAUAUUUUAAAAAGGACGCCAAAGAGCCCUAUUAGGACUAGACCAGGUAGUCUUUAGGAACUAUUGGGUCUCCAUAUGCACAGUCCACCUCCAGUGCCAGGUUGUAUGAACUUCCGCUUCCUCCGUUGUAGGCGCUGGUCACGAUCCUGAGCCAGCCCCUCUCACCCUGACCACAACACGAAUCAUUCAUACACAUCUUGUAAUCCUACUUUGUACCUCAGCAGGUAAUGAACAGUUUUGUUUAACUUACCCAAGGCUCUCCCCAGGAAUUGCGUACAAUCCAGUACUCCACACCAUCCUCCACUCCCCAUCCUGCUACUGACACAAUGUGGUUAACGUAGGGAUUCUCCUGGUACUCUGAGUAGAGACCUCCUGGGUACUCGUCAAGCUUGUCCGUGGCCAUGAUCCCACAGCUAAAACACACAAAUAGCUUACUCUUCUCUGCAAAUACACACACAUGCUGACAUUGUGCAGGACUCAUUUCUGUAUUUUUGUGAUGUCACAAACCUAAUUGGUCCUCUGGCAUAGAUCUCUGCCAUCAUCUUCUCCCUCCCACUGAUCUUGCCAUAAUCAUCCACCUUCCACAGAGUGUAGUUGUUGACAGUAUUGCACACACCAAAGGUGGUGCAGGUGCCACACUGAUUGAAGGGCUUACACUCUACAGAAGAGGAUAACAAACAUGAGAGCGAGUGACUAGCUGUGGAUAGUCAUUUGCAAACUGAAAGGAGGACACAAACUCUGGUCUUUAGCCUGGUAGUUAUUGCAGGUCUCAUCCGGUAUGCCGUGUUGGUUGGCGUACUCCCAAACGCUACCGUGAUCCCCACCAUGGCAACUACCCGCCUGGCCGCAGUCGAUCACAUGCUGCACUGAGAGGUAUGCAGACGGCCAUGCUCCUUUGCGCUUUAUGUUGAUGCGAUCUGGACAAAGAGCAAAUAUAACUGAGUCUCAGAUGUCCUACAAUAGUUUAUUGGACGUGUGUUAGCCAAAAUCUAUCCUUGAUGCAUGAGUUUAGACCGGUUAAAAGUGCUUUUAGUAAAACCAACUGGGAACACACUUGUGUGCCUGCACUUUUUAUGCUAAUGAGCUGUGUUUGUCCAUGCAUGUCUGGCAGCAGCUCCUGGCUUUAUUUAAAAAUGUGGAGGGAGGCCUACUUUGUUUUCUUUAUUUUUACAAAGCUGCCCACUGAAGUGGUGGGCGUAUACACUGGUCGAGCUUAAAUCGGGGCAGAUCAGAGGCGCUAUCAUGUCCACGAGGAAGGAGGUUUUAUGCUUCAUGAGCUCAUAAAAAACGGGCUGUUAGAACAUCAUUAAAAAGUUACUAUUGCGUAAUAGGGGAGCUUUAAUUGCAAAUGAAAACAAACACCUACUCGGUGUUGCCUGAUUGUUCAUACAGUACAUCAAUGAUGGUUGAUUAUGUGUUGAAGCAAUUGAGGGAAAAUGGAGUGCACUACUACAACCAGUAGAGGCGCUGUUGAUUCAGUCUCAGUAUGUGGAAAGACAACAUGACGUCAGGUACAGGAAGUUGAGAGCCAAAUCUACGUGUCUUCCCAGGUAGUGUUGUGUAAAAAUGACUAUAAGAUGAGAGAAGACAUUUAUUAAACGGGUAAAAGUACCUGCCAAAGCACUGGUACUGCCGUGGGCCCAACAAGAGCCACAGUACUGAGGAAUGUGCUGAUUGCGGGUGGUGCUGACAUAAUUGAUACCGUUAACAUUCCUCCAGUCCCAUGACUUGGGUAGAUCCGAAAUAUUUAAAUAUUCGUGAGGACGAGGUGACGUCCUGAAAAUACACACAGCAAUAUACAGUACAAAUUAGAAAGCAGGUCAUAUGUGCCUUCGUGAGGCUUACAGGUUCUUCCUCAGUCUCAGUAAACCGCAUGACUCACCUGACUCCGAAGCCGUUUUUCCUGAGUGUGUCUUUAACAUAACAAGGCUGCUUCUUGUUGAAAUACAGUCCUGCGGACACAAGAGACAAUAGGGCUGACAAUAAAACAAUAAAAGCUGCCCGCGCCAUCGGUUACCGAUCAACCUAUCAACUUCUUUACUGACUUGUUUGUCUCAAAAUCAAGGACUCUACAGUGAAAAAUUAUACCGCGAUUAAUAUUUUGCCCUCCGCGGGUUUGGCCGCCAUGAUAGUAAGCAGAAUCCAGAAACAUUGCAUAUUGCAUUGAAAACAUGUCCUCCGCACACUGCUCAGCCAUUACAAUGUAUUUGCUCUAAUAGACGAUCCAAAAGGCCAGACUUGCUAUUUUUCAAGUUCCCCUAAAACAAAGACAGGUAUCAUAAAAAUGUUGUAGAUUUAUAACACUGGUUGUUGUACAUAAACAGGACUUUGGACAAGACUUAAAGUAUAUAUUGUGUGGGACUUAUUU